AGGAGGGUUGGGAGGGAGGGAGGCUGUGUGGUGUACUCUCUCUCUCUCUCCUCUCUCCGACUUAGCCUAAGCCUCACCCGGGAGAGGAGCCUCUUUGCUCUGCUCUCUGUCACUUCCCCGCCCAUCUGUGCUGUCAGCAGCACCAGCAAAGUUGGCCUCAAACUUGAACAGAUCUGAGGCUCCAGCUUCCCGAAGCUCCGCGGGGGCAUCAGGCCGGCUUCAGAGACCCGGAGAAGCCGACCCCUGCCCUUGCUCCCCUGGGGGACACUUCAGCCCCCGACCUGGAGGCCCCCAGUCUGGGCUGAGGAAUGGCGUGCUGAGCUCCCUCUGCAGCCGAGCGUCUCAGCCUGAAGCUGGAGCAACCCCAGACCCAAGCCAACAUGGCCAACCCGGGGCAGCCUCAGUUUCCCUCAGCCCAGGAGCCAGGCACCGCCUCAACCCUGGACCUACCGGAGAUGGAGAAGCUCCUCACGAAGGUGGAAGGAAAGGAUGACAAGCCCCUGAUGCUGUCCACGUCCCUCUCGGGGGCCCUGGACCUGGAGCAGAAUGGCCACGGCCUGCCCUUCAAGGUGGUAUCGGAGGGGCGCCCCGAAGCCACACUCCCCUGGUCGGCCUCUCGGGCCAGCUCUAGGCGGGCGUCCUCCAUUGCCACGGCCUCCUCUGCCCAAGACCAAGAGGUCCCCAAAGAUUACCUCAUCCUUGCCAUCGCCUCCUGCUUCUGCCCCGUGUGGCCUCUCAAUCUGAUUCCCCUCAUCUUUUCCAUCAUGUCCCGAAGUAGCAUGCAACAGGGGGACCUGGACGGCGCCCGGAGGCUGGGCCGCCUGGCCCGGCUGCUCAGUAUCACCUUCAUCAUCAUGGGGAUCAUUAUCAUCAUCGUGGCCGUGACUGUCAAUUUCACAGGGCCCUGUAUUGGCCUCCAUGCUCUGGCUGGUUUCUCAUCCCCACCGGCUCCGGGAUCCACCGCGCCACAUACACUGCCUGUUGGGAGGGGGAACCGGCCCCGCAGAGGAGACGGAGACGAGAAGGACCAGACCGUGGCAGGAGAGAAGCUGCACAUUCCCUACUCCCGUGUCUGAGGACCCGGAGUCAAGAUGUGGGACUUGCUCUUUUGUACCUUUCUUUGGGGCGGGGGGACAGGGUGUAAAAAGAGUUAUUUGCAUGCUUCGUGCCACGUGUUUGCUGCGAUCCCAGCUCAGGGGCCAAAAGCUGCUGCUCCGCGUCCAUCCUGGGACUCCCUUGGGUGCCCAAGAUGAGCAGUUGACUGGACAGAGGUGUCAGCUACGUGCAUGACAGGUGGCAACACCAAGAGGUAGGCUGGUGAAGGCAGGAUCAGGAACUGCAGGGCCCACAGACAUCUCCAGCUUUUCAGUCUCAGGCUCAUCUCUGCUGAGCUCUGCUGAGAACUCCUGUCCCAACAUGUCUCCCAGGAUGACCCAGUCUGCCUCUUAUUCCCUCGCUCCCUGUGCAGCCGCCUGGAGCCUGACCCCAGCCCCGCUCAGCCAGGAGAGGAGGAGCCUGGAUCUGAGUUCCCUUCCUGCCACGUCCUCCCUGAUGGUCCAGGCUGCACACUUGGGGCCCCAUGCGGCGGGGCUCAGGUGGGGCCUGGGCCCCGGCUCCUAGCCUAGCAGCACCUGACACUCUCUGUGCCUUACUUACCCUGAGCCCCUGGCCAUCCACAAAGCACGAAGACUUUCUCUUGGGUGGGGGGAGGAGGUUGGGGACACCUCUAGGGGAAGGACUUCCCCAGAGCUCCCAGGCUGUAAACAGGGGAGUGGGCCAGAGG